GAAAAAAGCCCGGUAAAAGGGAGGAACGACAUCUACGGUUGAAUAUAUUCGGUAAUCUAAGAUUGCAUGUUAUACAAGUGAAACAAUUUUUAGUACUUGUCGAAAAUUAAUUAACAAUGACAAUGGUUACGUUAACAAUGUCUAGAACUUUACGUAAUAUUAGUUUCAGAACAAAAUGGAAUCAAACAUCAACAUCUUGCAUGUAUUCAUCGGAUAAGAGUGAUAAAGAGUCAGAAAUCCCAGUAAAUUUACUGCAAGGAUUGUAUUCAGCACAAGAUCAACCAAGUACCGGUAAGGUUUAUGACAAAAAACCAUUCAAGAUAAAACUUCAAGCCGGAAAAAGAUAUAGCUGGUGCCUAUGUGGAGAAAGCAAAGGUCAACCUUUAUGUGAUCGUACUCAUCAGAACAUAUUUCUCAAAAUUAAACUUAGGCCUAUUUUUUUCGAAGUGAAAGAAACAAAAUAUUAUUGGCUAUGUAAUUGUAAACGCACAUCCAAUAGGCCAUUCUGUGAUGGAACCCAUUUAUCUCCAGAAAUUCAAGAACUAAAGAAGUAUAAUUAAAUUUUUUUUAAUUUUUUAUGAAAUGUUUAUUUAUAAAUAAAAACAACUUUCAUUAUAUUUACAUUAUAGUUUUUAUCAAAUUAUGUAAUUACUUUAUAUUCAUGGACUGUAAUAUAAUAGAUACAAUUUCAA